CUACUAUUGCACACUGCACACGUUGUGCCAUAACAUCCUGUUCAAUCCUGUGCUAGGAGCAAAUUAUCGGAGCAAAUUAUCUCGUGUAUUUUAAUUGUUGCGAUUUUCGUACUUUAAAUAACAAUGCCGCGUGGAAAGUAUGUAAAUCACAAGGGCAGAAAUCGGCACUUUACUAAUCCUGAGGAACUGGAAGAGCAACGGCGCCAAGAGGAGAAAAAGCAACAGUGGAGAAAAAACAAAGGACAGGGUAGUUCCAGCGAAGAAGAGGACGAUGAGGAGCCCAAAGCGAGUGGAGCUAAUAGGUCAAAGAAUUUAAGUGGCACAGAUAGCGAGAGUGAAUCGGAGUCUGAUUCGGAAUCUGAGGCAGGAAAGGCAAAAGGUGUAGAGAAUCUAAUACAAGUAGAAAAUCCAAAUAGAAUACAAAGGAAAACGAAGAAACUUUCUCAAUUGAAUCAAGCGUUAGACACUUCAAAACCAGAACUCUCACGAAGAGAACGGGAACAAUUGGAAAAACAAAGAGCUUAUGCAAAUUAUCAAAAAUUGCAUGCCGCUGGUAAAACGGAAGAAGCUCGAGCAGAUCUAGCACGAUUAGCUAUAAUUAAGCAGCAACGAGAGGAAGCAGCUAAGCGGCGUGAAGAGGAGAAGAAGCAAAAGGAAAUGGCCCAACAGAAGAAAACUGAGCUAACACAGAAGGCGCUUGGGAAAAAGUCGUAGGACAACGGCUGCUGAUUAUAAUUCAUCAUUGUAAUAUUAAUAUUCCGACCUCUGCUCCGAUUUUCAACUAAUCACGAGAAUUUGACGAAGCAAUCGGUAUAUUUGCUAUACACCUUUUAUGAUAUGUUAAUGUCAUUGUUUAUAUAAAUAUAAUUACAUUAAAUCCA